UAGUGGGUGGCAAAAAUCAGACCAAUCAGAUAGUUCGGGAAGGCAACAGCGUUAGGGUCUCAUUAAUAAGUAGGCUACAUCGUCCUUGUCGGUCCACAAUAGGUCAUAGCUCGUGUUCUAACCAAUUGUUCUGUCCUGUGGGUAUUUGUAUUUUUAAAACAUCAAGAACAUAGCCAGCAACUGUCUUGUUCGUGUGACUUUGGUUUGUUAGCUGCGUGUCCCAUAUUGGUUAUUUGUAUUGGUAUUGUUUGGAACUUUUACAUCACUAAUUAAGAAGGCCUGAUCAUAGUCACAUUCUCCGUUGUUAUUAUUUUUUAAAGACACAGUGGCAUUUUGAUAUAGUCUAGCAGGAUUAGAAACAGAGUUGUGUGUGUCAAGUCAUAGUCUUAGCUUCCCUUGAGCUGACAGGAGACUAGUUACAUUCCCUCCGAUUUCACGUUAAUGUAUUUACUCAAUACCGUAUUAUUAUUAUUAUUAUUUCUGUUGUUGUAAUAGCUAUUUUUCAACAAUUCCAAUGUUCCAAUUUUUCAACAAUUAUAUGUCACUUAUAACGUCAGUUAUUUUAGAUGUCAAAUACAACUUCAACAAUGAAUACGCCAUUUUAAAACAAAUUAGUUAAACUAGAGUUACAUUUGCAUUGCAAGGGACGUUGAUUUGCUUUUAUGAAUUACACGCUUUUUUAACCCAUGUAAUAAAUUGGGGAAACGUGGUAGCCUAUCAUCAAAAUCCUAUCGGCCUUCAACCCGUGAACUCCCUCUGCUCCUGGCCAAAAUCCGAUUUGACUGUUGACCAUGUAGCAUGCUGCGCCACAACUGGAACGUCUCCGUUGUUUUCACAACGAUCAAUUUAAUUAGUAACACUCCUCCAAGACGUGAGAAUAAAGAUUCACAGAUCCUCCCCCUAUUUGCAAAUCAAAUACAGUCUAGUUUUACUGAGUUACUUGCGGUUUACUUUCACUCCUCAAUGGGGGGUCGGGGGUUAAGGGUGGGGGUGGAUUACUUUCUACCCAAGAAGAAGUCACUUUAAUUAUUGUUUUAUUUUACCAAUUCCCAAUGUAUUGAUCUUGUAUGACUACAAAGGCGUUGAAUUACGUAUGAAACAAAAACGACUCCAGCCUCACCCAACCGUAUUGCUCAGGUUAAAUUGACGUGUUUCUCACGCAAUGUUGAAAGCUCUUGCGCGAUCGCCACUCUGUAGUAUGGUAAGAGGUGCGACUGUGCCAAACCAGACAUAUUCCGCGAUACGGAUACGUUGAGAGAUGAAUAUAUGACACGGUGCGUAAACGGUGCCAAGAUCUGCACUCAGACUGCUGUCAUACCCAAAGAGGUGGAAAACAGUAAAAAUGACGUGGUCCCCUUUAUGGACGUGUACAAUAAGAGUCUCUGCCGGCCUAGGGAGCUCCUUGUCGACAUCUACCAGGAGUACCCAGAAGAGAUUGAGCACACCUAUAUCCCGUCCUGCGUCGUUCUCAUGCGCUGCGGGGGCUGCUGCAACGACGAGGCGCUGGAGUGCGUUCCCGUAGCAACGCGCAACGUCACCCUGGAAGUCAAACGAGUAAAACUGCGUGUGACGCAGCACAAUUUCCUACUGAGUUUUACGGAACACACAAGUUGUGAAUGCAGACCAAAGAAAGAAGUGAAAGAGAAGAAAGCAAAAAAACCUGGGAGGGGCGAAGGACAAAAGAGAAAGAGAAGGAAGGAGAGGGGGAAAAGGCGACACUUCCACUGUGAGCCUUGUUCAGAGAGGAGAAGGCGCAUAUAUGUGCAGGACCCCUUCACCUGUAAAUGCUCCUGCAAAUACUCACAGUUAUACUGCAAGUCCAGACAGCUUGAGUUAAACCAAAGAACUUGCAGAUGUGAUAAACCAAGGAGAUGAGAAGCGGGGACAGGAGCUCAGACAUGAAGGAGGAUUCUCUGCACGGCACUUUGAACUCAGACCUUUGAACUCUGAACCUUUUUCUCAGAGGAUGCAUUCCCUGGACCGACUGAGAAAAGAGUGAGACAGGAAUAGCCCUGUCCCAUAUUCUUUAAAUAUGAAUAUAUAUUUAAAGACAGACAAUGAUUAAUAUGUACUGCUGCUAUGAAGACAAAACUAUUUAAAAAGAACUGUAUAAAGCAAACGAAUGCACCAGCACGUGCUGGUGUGUGAACAGGACUGUGUUUUUUUUUUUUUUUGAACUUAUCGAGUUGUGAAAGUUCACUGGAUAUAAUAUCUGCUGUGGACAUAGAAGACCACGAAACAGAAUGGAGACAAUGGAGACUUUGCCAUUCAUCUGCUGGAGAAAGGCCAAGUGCAUUUAUGCAAGAGGAGACAGAAGGAAGACCUAUCUGCAUUAGCAAUGCCACUUCCUGCUAGCUGUGGAAGUAUUGUAUCCAGGGCGACUAAAACCCAGUUGGACUGGGAGCUCAGAAACUUGUAAAGGGAUAUUAAUUGUAGGUAUAUAUAGAAACUCCUGAAAUUAAAUUGCCUGGUAAAAUUAAGUUUCAAGGAGAAUUGGCAUUCAUUGACACUGUAGAAAUGGAUAACAUCUGUCCAUUUGCUUGUGAGAUUCAUUUUCCAAAGAUAACAUUGCACGCACUAGUAAGAAUAAUAAAGAUAUGGCGAGAUAACUAUCUUUAUAUACAUACAUAAUAUCCCUUUUUGUAGUUCUUUGCAUUUAAUUUAUAAUGUUAGAACAUUUUCAUUAUUCUGUGUAUUUAAUUGAUCUAUUUAUAUGCAGUGUUAUAUUAAUAAUAUUUUGCAUUUUUGUUGCCUUGCCCUAGAAAAUAUGAUAACUUUUGACACCUUUUGUUUUUUUUAAAGAAAAGGAGAAAAGCAAACAAACCAACCACUUUGACAUUCCUGAAGGAGCAAGUUUGAUGAAGUGUGAGAUUCGAUUUAUUACCAAACCUGGGCCUGCUACUCAUGGCCAUGUGGGCGCUCACAGUUGGGUUCACGUUGGGUUCAAAUUCAGUUGCGUGUUCAUGUUGUGUUUGUGGUGUUUUUGUGUUGACAGUGCGCAUUCGCGAUUGGUCUGAUGCCCAGCUGCAGCAACCUGCCUCUCUGUGCUCUGACCAUGUUCCCCAGACCCAGGGGGCGGAGCUUACACGAGCCCCGCCCCCUGGGUCUCACAGUAAAAUAUUACAUUCUGUUUUUGUGUUAAAGUAACGUGUGUCAGCAUUGUGUUUUUUUUCUUGUUUUUUUUUUGUUAUCAUGUCCAGCCACGUUUUUAGCGUUUUUUCACAUUAAUAUAUUUAUUGGUGCUGUAAAUAUACAUGUUUAAAUAACAUCCAUUCUGUUUCUAGUGUUACUAGUAUACAUAUUUAUUUUCAAAUUAUAUUGUUUUUUAUUAAAGUAAAAAUGAAAUUUA